AUGAAGUCCUUCCUUGCACCAUUAUCACUUCUUGCACUACUUCUCGCUGGCGAGAGUGCUGCCGCAGUUGUACCUACCAAGUCCAUCUCCAAGCGUGCCGAUAGCUGCGGUCAAUGGGACACCAUCACCACCGGUAGUUACAUCGUCUACAAUGAUCUCUGGGGCGAAGCCGAAGCCACCAGUGGCUCGCAGUGCGUUGGCGUUGACUCGCUAAGCGGCACUACUCUCGCCUGGCAUACCGCAUGGACCUGGGCUGGUGGCUCGUCCGACGUAAAAAGCUAUGCCAGCGCUGCAUUGCAAUUCACCGAUAAAACACUGAGCAGCAUCAACACUAUCGAGACCACUUGGAAAUGGAGCUACUCUACCACCAGCAUUGUUGCAGACGUCUCAUACGACAUGUUCCUUGCUGCUUCCUCUGGUGGCUCCAGCGAGUACGAGAUUAUGGUUUGGCUUGCAGCUCUGGGUGGUGCGGGUCCCAUCUCCUCCACUGGCUCUGCAAUCGCUACAGUUACCAUCGGCGGUGUGUCGUUCAAGCUGUACAGUGGUCCCAAUGGCUCUACUACUGUGUACAGCUUUGUCGCUUCUUCAACUACUACCAGCUUCUCCGCUGAUCUGAAGGAAUUCUUCACUUACUUGAUUGACUAUGAGGGUCUUAGUUCGAGCUUGUACUUGACUGAUGUUCAGGCUGGUACUGAGCCGUUCACUGGUAGUGCUACUCUGACUGUCUCUGAGUACACUGUUGCAAUUGCAUAA